AUGUUAAAAGUUAAAACAGAUAAUCUACUUCCUAAUGGUGGAUUUGAAUCUGGACCUGCAUUCCUGGGUUCUCCUGGGGAGGGAGUUUUACUAGUUUCCGACCCAAGUCUUGUAAAAUCCGCUCUACAGCAAUGGACCACAAUGGGAAAUGUUAAAUACAUAAACUCCAAAAACUUCUUCGAUCCAGAAGGCAAUGCUGCUAUCGAGAUUGUUUCGGGAGUCUUGGAAUACAAACAGCAAAACGAAUUUCAGAGGAUUCUAAUUAUAACUUGGAAUUCAUGCUGGGAGAUGCCAAUGACUCGUGCUCUUGGUGGGACCGGAGCAGCCAAGAAAUAUUCAAUGACAUUCAAGGGAGAGCCAAGUCCAACACCAAUUACCUUUCUCAGCUAUAAGACUACACAAUGGGAAGAUGGCUUGUUUUGUGGUCCAGUCAUUGAUGGUGUAAUUCUAAGUGCUUCUCAUGGGCACAAAUCCAAUCUGCAGCUAAUAUUUCUAUUUGCCUUUUCAUGUAGCCCUUCUACAAAUGAGCUAGUUACUAUGACCGCUCUUGCAGAACUAUUUAGAAACCAAGUUCAAUAA